AUGAACGCGCCGCCUGCUUUCGAGUCGUUCUUGUUGUUCGAGGGCGAGAAGAAGAUCACCAUCACCAAGGACACUAAAGUGCCCAACUCGUGUCUGUUCACGCUCAACAAGGAGGACCACACGCUCGGCAACAUCAUACAAGCGCAGCUGCUCAAGGACCCGCAAGUUCUAUUCGCCGGCUACAAGGUUCCUCACCCCCUGGAGCACAAAAUCGUCAUCAGGGUACAGACCACGCCGGACUACAGUCCUCAGGAAGCCUUCACCAAUGCCAUCACCGACCUGAUCAGUGAGCUGUCCCUAUUGGAGGAACGCUUCAGAGUGGCUAUCAAAGACAAACAAGAAGGCAUCGAGUGA